UUAUCAUUCAUUUUAAUUGCUUUCCAUUUGUACUUCUCAGGUACAAUCUGACUUACGGCGGAACUGCUUACUACAAAGGUUUAUCAUUCCCGGACUCCAUCUGCAAAUUUUCCCCCAUAUCUGUUGUUGAGGAUACGUACGACACCCGGACCGUGGGCUUCUUCGGACAGGAAAUAGGUCGUAGUCUUGGAGCAAGACUCGACCUAGACGGAAACUUCUGUCUGUCGACUAAGCUGAACAUGAUGACGCCCAGGUUCCGCUUUCCGCCGGAUGAAGCUCGAGCUAGAAACCUUUGGCAGUUUUCUCCGUGUUCCAUCAGCUACUUCAAGGAAUACAUCGGGGAGCUUCAAACUAACUGUCUGGUGGACUCGUAUGGAAACCAGUAUCCCGAGAACCUGCAUGAAUACCUCCGGGAGUUACCUGGUGACACGUACGGUGCCGACCAACAGUGCAGACUGACCAACGGUCAAAACUCCUAUGUCUGUCGGGACCUCAUCAUGGACUACUCAACUAUUUGCCGCGGGAUGCCAUGCUUUGUUCCGGAAACUGGUUCAUGCGCACUUCUGCUUCCGGCAGACGGUACCCUAUGUGGAAAUCAUUCGAAAUGUAACCAAGGCGUGUGUGAAGCAGACGUAACAGCCCCGGCAGCUGUAG